CGGCUCAGUCGAUAAAGCGUCGCGAUCGUAUUCACACCGUUUUGGUUGGUUGCUGUCGUCUCUUGUCGCGUCUCAUCUCGCUUGCUUGGUGGAGCCCGCCGGCGCUGCUGAUUGUGUGGAGUUUUCCCAUUACCGAAAUAAGGACGAGAUCGGUGCGCGUCGCCGCGGUCUUCUUGUUUUGCUGCGUACGCGUGAUUUUCCGGUGCGUUUCUAUGCGCGACGCUUGUUUUGUUUUCGGAAAGGUCAGGGUGGUGUUUUCUUUUUGGCUCAGGUUUUUCUUGACAGUUAAAGUGCUGUAUGGCGCGGAAAAUUGCCGUUUGAAAGGUGUCAUGUGUGAAAAGUGUCCCACGUGAUAUCGAUGUGCGAGUGGGGGCUUGUUUGUGUGAUCUUUAGUAAAAAUACACAACUAGGUGAAGUGAAUUUUAAUUGGAUUUAGUCCUGACAGGAAAGGAAGUCGGUGUUUGGCAGUUGAAGGUCACCGGUGUUCGAACGGCUUGUGUAUGUCAGCGGCGCAGUCAAGUUCGGCGGUUUGUGAAAGUGAAAAGGCGAAGAUUGUGUGAAAACAUCUGAAGAAAGGAAAUUUCAAGGAGAGCGAUAAAAAAGAAACGUGUUCUCGAUCUCGACGCGUUGGUCGUCUGUCGGAGUAGGAGUGAUCCUCGGUGAGAGUGUUGUGUGUUACGAGUAAAAAUAGUUUGCUGGUUCAUUUUUAUCGGUUUUCUUGCGGAAUGUGUGACUGUGUGUACGUCAUUAAGUGCUCCGUUAAUAGUAAAUGAAUGCUGUUUAGCCCCCAACCGCUCCACAUUAAGCGGGUUCAAAGCGCCGAAAGCGAAAAUAGUGCAUGACGCACUGUCACAGUUCUAACUAGAAUCUGUAGCAACAAAGUGUAGACCGAGGUGUAGAUAGCGUCCUGAACAAAGAAGCUUACAGAACGCACAUUCGAUCGACAACGACGCUGAGAUUCACCGCAACUCCUCCUCGCACGGAUGCUCAAACCGCUCGAACUAUUAUAGCCGCAAUCUUACGUUCAGCAAAAUGACAAAACUAUUCGAAGACUGUCGCACCGCCGAAGGCCAACAGCUGGUCGGGACAGAAGGCGGUGAUAUGGCGUGGUCAAAGCUGCUGCCCGGAACCGACCAGAAGACCGGCAGCGGUGGCCCUAUGCCCAUUAUAGUGAAAACCGUGGACGAUCGGGACAAAGUUCCCCGCGACGUCCUGGUGACAAUUGACACGGAAUCCGGCAAACAACAGGUGGAAGCGUCGGGUGGAGCCGCUGGCGGCGCCACCACAGGACGACGUCGGGAGUCCAUCAUCGGAACAUUCCACCGGCAGUUGCGGCAAUCGCUGAAGGAGGCGUCCGGGCCGCUAACAAGAUACCGCCAGACGCGGUUCUCGUCGCGACGCAUUCGAAAACGUGUCAUCUUCAAGCAGGGCGACUGUAACGUGGUGCAGGGAAAUGUGGCUAAACGAAGGCGACGUUACCUACAGGACAUUUUUACCACACUUGUCGACUUCAAAUGGCGCUGGACGUUGUUGGUGUUCGCAUUGAGCUUCAUCCUGUCCUGGUUGGGCUUCGCCAUCAUAUGGUACCUGAUCAGCUACAGCCACGGCGAUAUUGCCGCACAUGCUAUGGGAGACACCCAACAUGAACCGUGCGUAACGUGCAUCUACGGUUUCACGUCGGCGUUUCUGUUCUCGCUGGAAACGCAGCACACCAUCGGCUACGGCAAUCGGUUCGUGACGGAGGAGUGCCCCGAGGCGGUGUUCAUUCUCGCCCUGCAGAGUAUCACCGGUUUGUUCAUUCAGGCAUUUAUGGUUGGCAUCGUGUUCGCCAAGUUGUCCCGCCCGAAGAAGCGCGCCCAGACGUUGCUGUUCUCGCGGAACGCCGUCAUCUGCCACCGGGACGGGGUGCCGUGUUUGAUGUUCCGCGUGGGCGACAUGCGCAAGAGCCACAUCAUUGAGGCGCACGUUACGGCGCAGAUCAUCCGGCGGAGGGUCACAAAGGAAGGCGAAACGUUGCCUUUCUACCAGCAGAAUAUGGAAGUGAGCUGUGACGGAGGCGACGAGCGGUUGAUGUUUAUCUGGCCGACGAUCGUAGUGCACAAGAUCGAUAAGGACAGCCCGCUGUACACCCUCUCGGCACAGGAUGUGCUGCGGGAACGGUUCGAAAUCGUCGUUAUGCUCGAGGGUGUAGUGGAAUCCACCGGUAUGACAACUCAAGCUCGCAGCAGCUACCUCCCGUCGGAAGUGCUGUGGGGUCAUCGGUUCGAGUCGGUUGUUUCGUUCAAACGGGACACCGGAGAGUACGAGGUGGACUACACAAUGUUCAACAAUACGUACGAGGUAGACACUCCACUGUGCAGCGCUCGCCAGCUGCACCGGGUUAAAAAGGAGCUCAACAAGCAAGGGCUAGCAGUCCCGUCGUCCAGCUCUUCCAGUGAUGAAUCGGACAAUUCGUCCUCGUCGGAAGAUACCGGCGGCAAAGGCCGACACUCACUCGCCAACGGUUAUCUGCAUUUCAAUGCCACCGCCAAGGGUGGCGGUGGCGGCGUUGUGACGACAUUGCCUCCGCUUCCGAGCCGUAGAGUUCCAGUCCAGUCCGGUUCCGUUGGGGCGGGUGAUGGUGACGAGAACGUGACUGCACUUGCCGAGGGAUCGCCCACAGCGAGUCCGAAGCAGCGAAACUUUCGCAAGCUUUCCAUUAAGGAGCCCUCGAUGGACUCACUGUGCUGACAGUGGGCAUUGAUGCUGACUUGUUUGGUGCAGUAUAAGCUGGUUAAUCGAUGGAACCGAAGAGAGUUCCAGCUCGGUCGCCACGCUAGAACAAGAGCAACUACCACUCUGCGAAGCGGAACUCGUUGAUGAACUGUAGUCUAGAGGUGAGAACGUUCGAUCGCAGGUCUUUCCAUUGGAGCUGGCUCAGCGUAGUUUGUAAGUGUUAAGUGUAUUUCUAAUUCAAUGAAUAGCGCAAAGUUUACAGAAUUUUGUUACACUAUUUUCAUAUCAUUUUUUACGUAACUGAUAACGGAAAGUGAGAUAGAGAAGAUGCUAUACAAAUGAUGAAUCGAAUUCAUCGAAUAUGCCAUAAGUAACCAGUUCUACCAUAUUAGAAUUUUAAACCCAUCAAAGACGGUGAAUAAUAAGAAUACGAAGAGAAGAUAUAAUUGUAACUAGCCAAAUAAAGUGAAUCUCCAGACAA